AGCAGAAGAGAAGCAAAUAAUAGCGUUGUCAAGGCAACAAAAAUCUAUCGCUUAAACAUAAUUUUGAACAGGGCAGAAAUUAGAGCACAGAAAAGCAGAAAACAUAAUAAUCAGCAGGAGAAAAUCAUCAAGAUGGAAGUCAAGUUUCUCCUGAAAGAUGAAGUGUUUGUGGAUUUCUUCAAUACAUUUUUAAGUCUUCCAGUGUUUGGACAAACCCCCCUCUACAUGCUCAAAGACAACAAGUGGUUAAUGUGGCCAAAUGUGCCCUUUGCUCAGGUGAACACUGGAGCAUUUCUGAAAUGGUUAGAGACGCAUCGGAUGGUUUUCUUCAAACAAACUGAACUCUAUCACAAUUUCAUUCUCUGUACAGAGAUCCUUGAAUUUGCAUCCUCUAAAUCCACAGAUGAUUUGAAAUGGACUCCGGCAGAUCAGUGGCUGUUAAGGAAGUGUCUCGGCAGCGUGAGGGGAAUCCAGAGAUUUCGUUCAUUUCUUAAGGGCACUGCUGAAGAGGAGCUUGUUCUGUUCUGUGUGAGAGUGUCCAUGUUGUUGAGUAUGAAAGAAGAAGAAAAUGAGCUUCAGACUUUGAAUCAACAAACACUUCAGACAGCGAUCAGACUCUCUCACCUGAGCGAAGGCUCUGCCAUCCUGUCUGUCUGCCACACAGGUGAGACGGUGUGUUUGUGCUUCUCUCCUCUUCGCUUAAGCACCGCACUUAUUUCUGUUCUUCUGUUUAUAAGAUUACACCAACGUUCAAAAGUUUGGAGUCGGUAG